GGAGAUGUAACGAGUGCCGACGAUUUUGCAAAGUUUUUAAACUUAAACACUACUCAAGAGGCCAUACAUGUGGGCUGUACUGCAUAUUCGUCGACAAACACAACAGUUUUUACUUCUCUAACCGAAGAUGAAUUUUCUUCAGUUAAGCCCUGGUUUACAACACUUAUCGAUAAUUAUAAAGUACUCAUAUAUAGCGGUCAAUUGGAUAUUAUCGUUGCCACGACUCUCACCGAGAAUUUUCUUCAAAGUUUAGAGUGGAAACAUUCAAAAGAGUACUCAAUGGCCAACCGAUUGGUCUGGAAGUUAGAUAAGGGGGACACAGAAGUGACCGGUUAUGUGAAACGCGUGGCAAACUUUACCGAAAAAAUCACAGAUCAAUGCUUUGAAUCACAGCGUGUACUUAUGCACUUCAUCAUUGGCGACACCAUCUAUCUCAGAUGUCAUAUCAUAGGCUUUGAUGUCAUCCUCUCCGCCCUCAUCGGUAUAGCGAACGAUAUUCUCUCUCACGUCGUCUUCAGUCGAGUCGUUGGCCUUCUUAUGUCUCUU